AUGUAUUUUUUUUCCCAGUCAUUUUCCGGUGGUGGAUAUAGAUUGGGUGACUCAUCCCAAAAGCACUCUGAAUAUAUAUAUGGAGAAAAUCAAGAUGUUCAAAUUUUACUGAAACUAUGGAGGAAUGGCUUCAGUUUAGAUGAUGGCGAGUUGAGGUCCUAUUCAGACCCAACAAACGCUCAGUUUCUUGAGUCUGUUAAAAGAGGGGAAAUUCCUGUGGAACUGCAGCGACUUGUUCAUGGUGGCCAGGUUAAUUUGGAUAUGGAAGACCACCAAGAACAGGAAUACGUGAAGCCUAGACUGCGAUUCAAAGCUUUCAGCGGCGAAGGGCAAAAACUUGGAAGCCUUACGCCUGAGAUAGUCAGCACACCUUCUUCCCCGGAGGAGGAGGAGAAAUCCAUUCUUAAUGCGCCUGUUCUGAUUGAUGAUUCCAUGCCAGCAACUAAAAUUCAAAUUAGAUUAGCUGAUGGAAGCCGAUUAAUACAAAGGUUUAAUCAAACACACAGGAUUAAGGAUAUUCGAGAUUUCAUUAUCCAUUCCCGUCCAGCAUUUGCAACAACUGAUUUUGUUCUUGUGACUACCUUUCCAAAUAAAGAGCUAACAGAUGAAAGCCUGACACUACAAGAAGCAGAUAUACUUAACACUGUGAUUCUUCAGCAGUUAAAGUAAUCGUACAGUUGGUGCGGUAGAGGGACCGUGCUGUGUUGUCAUACAAUAUGUUUCCAACAGGUGAAAAAAACGGAAGAUCAGCGUCUUUUUAUUCCCCCUGUUCCCCGGAUCAGAUUUUUGGGUUUCAAGUCU